AUGGCGACCAACCCCGAUAUUGAGACCGAUAUUCCCCGCGAUGUGUACCAGUUUUUUCGUGGGCUGAACCGCGCGGUGGAGCGCCGCGACGCGGCGGCGAUGCACGACCUCUACGAGUCGCAGUUUGAUGCGCUGACCAAGAAUUAUUACAUGGCCGGCCACGGCCAGUUCCGCUCCUGGCCGGCGCUCCGCCUCGAGCAGGUGUCGUCGUGCUUCCGCGGCAACCGCAUGGCGGAGCUGGUCUACAGUUUCCUCUUCUACAAGCACCUGUUUAUGGACAACCGCUCCGUGAGGGCGCCCGACGCGGAGGGGGCGUGGAAGACGUACAGUGAGCUGCUCCCGAUGUUGAAGAGCUACGAGCUGCCGAACUGGAUGUUGUGGGACAUCUUUGACGAGUUCCUCUAUCAGAUGACGGUGGUGUAUCAGAAGGUCUUUGUCACAGAGGGCAUCUGGGCCGUGCCGGAGGUGUCCCGUCUUCUCAACGAGGUCGUCGACAACUCGCGCCUGCUCGAGCUGGUGAAGGAGCCGGACUUCCUGGACGACAUCCACCGCGGCCCGAACACAGGUGCGCUUAGCGGCUUCUACGCAAUUGUGACCAAGUCGAAGUUGAGCGUGCUCCUCGGCGACUACUACUCCGCCCUCACGGAGCUGGAGCCGCUCGAUGUGUACAACAAGGGCCGUGCCGUGCUGACGCGCGUGUCGCCGUGCGCCGUUUCCGUGUUCUACCACAUCGGCUUCAGCUAUCUGAUGAUCCACCGCUUCGAGGACGCCAGCAACGCCUUCCGGCGCUGCGUCACGGUGAAGCUUAACGGCCGUCGCUUCUCCGAGCGCGUGCAGCAGGAUGCGGCAUACAUGUACGUCUGCGCUCGUGUGCUGGGUGGCAUGCCGAUCAACAACCUCACCUCAUACCUCGACAGUCGCAAGGUGGCCGCCUUCGAGGACGACCGCGAAAGCCUGCGCACAGGUGACGAGGAGCGCUUCCGUGAUGUGUUUGACCGCUGUAGCCCCAAAUUCCUCACCGUGCCGCCAUCGGAUGGGUCACCGGUGAAGGGGUCGGAGGGUCGUGAGCUGCAGGCGCGCAUGUUCCGUCGUGCGGUGCAGCAGCAGCAGGACAUCAUCAAGCUCCGCGGGUACUUCAAAGUGUACCAGAACACCAAGAUGAACCUUCUCGAGACACUGCUGGAGGUCGAUGACGGCUACGCGCCGCUGUUCGCGCUCAAGAUGCGCUCUCGCCAGCUGGUGCACGACGGCGUGACGGCGGACCUGCUGCAGGGCGUCUUCACGUCUAGCUCCGAGUUCGACUGCAUUGUCCAGGACGACAACGUCGAGGUGGUGCCGAGUAUGACGUUUGGCGGCAUAGAGCAGAAGUUGCUGAACAAGAUCAAGAACACGCAGCGUGACAUCGAAAUGGCGAAGCGCAAGUUCAACCAGACCCGAAACCGCGAUGAAGGCGCCAACAAGCGCAAGGAUCCCCGCGACCAGAAGCGUCGCCCCAAUCAGCAGCUGCUGCACGGCGGCGUCGGCAAUAACACCGGCAGCGCGAACAGGAACAGCAACAAUGCGAACCGCCACCCGCGUCAGAAGAUGGCUGCGCAGCCUAUGACAAACAACCUCUUCAACCGUAACGACAACUGA